AUGGCCAACCCCACUCUGUUGCACAGUUUCAUUGUGAUGAGAGAUGAAUUGAUUCGCAUCAAGAUCCUUGACCCCCAUUCCCGAUUCCGUCUGGAAGUCAAUGUCAUGCCACGUCUUGAAGUGGCCACUGAGCAGUCUCGAGUUCAGGGGCUUGAAGCACCCGAAACCAGCUUCGUCGAAGAGAGUGCUUUCAAAGCCGCAUUUGGCCGUGAACCAGAGGCUCAUGAAGUGGUGUUCGAGGAAUGGAAUGGCCAGAGAAUGAGAGGGGUGAAUGUCAUGACUGGGCGUGAAGGUUGGUUCAAGAGGAUCAACCAGGACAAAUCCAAAGUGGCUCGCAGGGCGACAUUGACCGACGAGACUUCCAUUGACCAGACAGGCCAAGCUAGUGACAGAAUCUUUCAGGCUGCCAAGCGCGAGGUCAUCCACAAGAUCACGCCUACAGUCGAAGCACCUAUGGCAAUGGCUGUGCGUGGAUCAUCUGGCUCAUCUGGAAGUAAGGACCAGUACCAACCAACAACAAUCAUUAUCAUCAUUAUAAUUCAUUAUUCUUAUUCUUAUUGUUAUUGUCUUUUCGCUUAUCCAAUUUUAGUAGUUCUAGUUCUGUACUCGUUCUAG